AGUAAAAGGGCUAGAGAACUUAAAGAAAUUUGUCAAGGAGCAGUUGCUGAAAGUGGAUCAUCUAUAAGUAACAUUGAUGCUUUUCUUAAGGAUAUUUCACAGAUCCAUGACUCAGAAUAAGCAAUUCUCUUAUAGACUCUCCAGUUUCCACACAGUUGCUGUAAUAUUCUAAGAAUAUAUGGAUCCAUCCGAAACAAAGACAUCAAGCAUGAAGAUUUGCCACGUAGUUGCCUUGCCUUAUCCUGGUAGAGGCCACAUCAAUCCCAUAAUGAACCUCUGCAAGCUGCUUGUUUCAAGACAACCUCGUAUUCUCAUCACCUUUGUUGUCACUGAAGAGUGGCUGAGCUUCAUCGGUUCCGAAACCAAGCCGGACAAUGUCCAGUUCGCUACUGUGCCCAACGUAAUACCCUCCGAGCUUGUUCGUGCAUUGAAUAUGCCUGGCUUCUUGGAAGCUGUUUCAACAAAGAUGGAGGCUCCAUUUGAGAGGCUUUUGGAUGAGCUUAAGUUCCCAGUGACUGCUAUUAUAGCCGAUACUAACCUGCCUUGGGCUGUUGAUGUUGGCAACCGCAGGAACAUUCCUGUAGCUUCGCUUUGGCCAAUGUCUGCAUCUGUAUUUUCGUUUCUCCAUCAUCAUGAGCUCCUACCUAAAAAUGGCCAUUUACCAGUUGAACAGUCAGAACGGGGAAUUGAGAUUGUUGACUACGUCCCUGGACUUCCUUCAACAAGAAUAGUGGAUCUUCCAACAAUUUUGCAUGGAACUGGAACUAAUGAAAUUGGCAGACAAGUUCUGAACAGGGUCUUGGAAAGUGUUUUAAGGGUGUCAAAAGCUCAAUAUCUUCUCUUCGCCUCAGUCUACAAGCUCGAAGCUCAAGUCAUUGAGAAUUUAAAAGCACAAUUUUCUAUCCCCGUCUACCCCAUUGGACCUACCAUACCAUACUUUCAACCCAACGACAAUUCUUCAUCAAUAAGUCCUACUGGUCUCAGUGGUCCAAACUACCUCCAGUGGCUGGACUGCCAACCCAGCGGCUCAGUCCUGUAUGUCUCAUUGGGAAGUUUUCUAUCGGUUUCAAAUGCCCAAAUGGAUGAAAUUGUUGCUGGGGUGCGCAAGAGCGGUGUCAGGUACUUGUGGGUAGCCCGUGGUGACACUUGUCGGGUUAAUGAUGGAAGAAAUGACAUGGGGAUUGUAGUGCCUUGGUGUGACCAAUUAAGGGUGUUGUGCCAUUCUUCUAUCGGGGGAUUUUGGACUCAUUGUGGGUGGAAUUCCACCGUUGAAGCUGUUUAUGCUGGAGUUCCAAUGCUUACUUUUCCAAUAUUUGUUGAUCAAGUUCCAAAUAGUAAGCAAAUUGUAGACGAUUGGAAGAUUGGAUACAGAGUAAAGAAACUGGUCGGUAGUGAAAGUUUGGUGACAAGAGAAGAAAUUUCAGAGCUAGUACAAAGGUUUAUGGAUUUGGAUAGUGUUGAGAGGAAGGUGUUAAGCAAAAGGGCUAGAAAACUUCAAGAAAUUUGUCAGGGAGCAACUGCAGAAGGUGGAUCAUCUAUUACUAAUAUUGAUGCUUUUCUUAAGGAUAUUUCAUAAAGCCACUCUAAAUAAAACAAUUAAAUUGGUGUAUUUUCUACUCAAUCGGCUCUUAUGAUUUAACACAGAUAAACGAAAUCGAUUGUAAUUUCUGUUAAUUAUACUAGCAUCUUGUGUGAGCAUAUAUUAAAUUGUCUUCUUGUUUGGUAUCCAAUUAAUUUAUGCCAAUAGUGUUGAACUAUAUGCAUUCAUAAUGGCCUUUG